GAGAUGAAAUCAUUUAUUUGCACAAUAAUGUGAAAAGUAGAAGGCCGGAUGUUUUUUUUUAUGUAAAGCGAAGUUUGCAUUGUUUCCGCAAAUAGUGGGCACGGAUCAGAUAAGGAGUUCAUUCAAUUUUAACGGACGUGUGGCGUUAAUAAAUCGGAGUUGUUAAUAUAAAAAUAGGGUUGAUUGUAGGCUAGUUACGUAGAAGUGCUAAUGAACUGUUAGAUUUGCACAAGUGUGCAAAGUGUUACAGGUAGUGGUAGUAGCUAUUGUUGUGAUGACCGAGAUUUAACAUCAUGCAUCUGAUAGAUUUGUUCAAUACUCGAGCGAUUGGCUUGUGGUUUAUUAAGGACGAGGCUAACGGAAGUUCUAGAAGUGCGUGUUCCACAAAAAUUGUGACCUUAUUUGUGUUUAUUUAGCACUUCGAAAAUCCCUUAGCGCCGUCACUGAUUCUUCUAGUUUUAGUAAAGAGUCGCCUUAUCUCCCCCUGCCCACAUAACUUAUUGUAAUUUAUUUGUCGCUCUCUUGUACUAGUCAAUAAAUUUUUUACCUCCAACCCUGUGUAUAAAAUCUUGAGUGGGUCUGGCUAAAGAUGAUAACAACGUUAGCACCGCAAACAACCGAAGCGUUAAAUUUCUCAUUGAAAACCACUUUAUACGAUUUCCCGGUAACCUUUACGACAGAUGCUCCACUAUUAACAUCCCCUGGAAAAUUCAGUCUCACCUCGGACUUCCCCAGCGAUGCAACUCCUAAUACAGUCUCUCCGCAACUCAAACCUUUCCUUGUUUCUCAUAAUAUAUUUAUCGUUUUUCUUGGAUAAUGUGCUUCUUACUGUAGUCGUUCCAAUAAUCCCCGAUUACUUAUUCUCAAACCAAAAUAUCGACAAUCAUGACAAUUCUAGAUUGGGUCCUAAGACUUUAAGCCCUUUGCAGGAGAAGUUCGAAACUUUGGAAAAUGAUAACGGACCUUUGGGUGCCCUUCUAGCUUCCAAAGCGUUCGUCCAGUUGGCGUUCACCCCUUUCAUGGGUUAUUUGACCGAAAUAAUGGGUUGCUGCAUCCCUUUGUUACUGGGUUCUUGCAAUAUGCUUCUAGCUACAUUUUUGUUCGCUUAUGGAAAUUCAUACGGAAUUUUGGUCCUAGCGAGAGCCCUUCAUGGUAGCUCUUCGGCUGCCAUAGCCGUAAGCGGAAUGUCGAUCCUAGCGAAAAACGUUUCCCAAAACAUGAGGGCAAAAAUAAUGCCCUUGGCAUUCGGUGGUAUCGCUUUGGGUGUCCUAAUUGGAUACCCACUCGGAGGAGCCGCCUACCAACUUCUCGGAAAACCAGCGCCUUUUCUAAUAAUUGCCUUCUUGAUUUGUGUCAGUAUAGUUCUUCAACUCUGGUACAUCGAUGACAAGAGCAACGAAACAACAAUUGACGAAAUCAAGUGUGGGCAAUUUUUGAGUUUGUUGAACGACAAGCAACUGAUGGUUACCACUUUUACUAUUUGUAUUUGUACAUCCACGAUGGCUAUUUUGGAACCUUGUGUACCCAUGUGGUUGUUGGCCCAUUUAAACCCACCGCCUUCGCGGUGGCAACUGGGUGCUGUUUUUAUUCCAGACAGUGUUGGAUAUUUCAUUGGUUCACAUUGUGCAGGUUUACUACCCAUGGCAUCGUGGAGAGUAGCUUUUAGCGCUUUAGUUCUUGCCGGACUGAGCUGUUGUGCUCUUCCUUUAGCUAGCACUUUAUCGCAAUUGUCGUUGCCACAUUUCGGACUUGGUUUAAGCGUGGGGGCUGUGGAUGCCGCUUUAGUCCCUUUUUUGGCCAAUCUAGUAGACAAGAAAGGAAGCAACCAGUACGGACCUGUCUACGCCCUCCAGCAAGUCUUCGUGAGUUUGGCUUAUGCUUUUGGACCACUCUUAGGUGGACAAGCUGUCCACAUUUUUGGUUUUCCGUGGCUAAUGAGAGUGAUGGGGUUUAUGAAUUUGUUGUUUUGCCCACUGUUGCUUGAGCUGGAGAAGGAUCACAGUUCUGUCCUUCUAGAUGAUACCAAAACCCCUCGAUCUUACUCAACUUUGGACAACACUUACUCUUCGCUCGACGAAGAGGCAAAUUAAAACUGAAUGUACGACUCGCUGUGUUGUGUUUGUUCUUUACUUUUUUCGUGCUAUCAUAAUUCGGAUUUAUUCGCACAAUUUAUUCCCUAAGAGUUGAAAAUCUGAUGUAAUAAAGUGGUUGUGUUUGAGUAAGGGUUUGCUUAUUUCCCGAGUGGCGUUCGCUAACUUCAUUACAGUAACACACCACCCGGCUAACUCGAUCUUUUUGUUUGGCUUGUAAGUUAAGAAGGAUGUUCUCGUGUUUAUUUGCCAUUUACCUCCAUCUGCGACGAAUACAAUACUGACACGCUUUCGGAAUUAAUAAAAGUUGACUGUUUCGAGGGAACGGAGAGGUUUUAUUUUGUUUGGUAAAGUGUAUGUAGCAAUUUGUUGCCUGAUUAGGACGAAAAUAUUCGCUUAAUUUUUUGUAAUAACGUAGGUCUUUGAUGGUAUUUACAGUUCAUUGUAUGUAGUUUUGUAGUGAACUAGUUAUGGUAGUAAUUGUAUACUUACGCUAAUAUCACACGAACGGUGCCAGUAAAUAAUGUGGUAAUAAGUUCUCAUUUUGUAGCACUAAUAGACAUAGUUAACAAUAUUUUUGCUCUGAAAGUUUGCAAAAACAAGGCAAAACGACGACCUCUUCGUGAAACUAGGACGUAACUACCGCAACAAUUUUUAUCUUGGUGGUUUGUAAUGUUAUGGCAAUUAUAUUAUUCCUGCGGAUGCAAUUUUCAUUGAAAAACUAAAUCUGAUUCUAAGAAAUUUACGACAUUACAAGGAAUUUUUGUAACUUUGUAACUCAAUGACAUUAAUGAUGGUUUUUGGAAUUACUUAUACAGGGUAGCUCU